AUGGCAUUAAUCGAAAGUGUCUGUCCUGAUUUGAACCUUAUUGCACGCGGAAAAGUUCGUGAUUUGUAUCGUAUUGACGAAAAUUCAUUACUUUUUGUCGCAACUGAUCGUAUAAGUGCUUAUGACGUUAUUUUGAAAAAUGGUAUUCCAGGAAAAGGAAAAAUUCUGACCCAAAUUAGUGUAUUUUGGUUUAAAUAUCUUAAAGAUAUUGUUCCAAAUCAUUUGAUUACUUGCAAUCUUAAUGAUAUGCCAGAAAUUUUACAGAAAUAUAAAGAUCAACUUGAACAUCGAUGUAUGUUAGUGAAAAAUUUAAAAGUUCUCCAAGUUGAAGCAAUUGUGCGAGGUUACAUUACUGGUUCAGCAUGGUCUGAAUACAAAAAGAAAGGGAGUAUAUGUGAUAUUCCUCUUCCUGAGGGGUUACAAGAAAGUCAAAGUUUCGAAAAUCCCUUAUAUACACCUAGUACAAAAGCAGAAAUAGGACAACACGACCAAAAUAUUCAUCCAAGUAAAGCCUCUGAAAUUAUAGGAGAAAAUUUCGCAAACGACAUUGCCAAAAUUUCCAUAAAAUUAUAUGAAAAAGCAAGGGAUUAUGCGUUUAAAAAAGGUAUUAUUAUAGCCGAUACAAAAUUUGAAUUUGGGAUUGAUUCCAAUAAAAUUAUUUAUCUUGUCGAUGAAGUAUUAACUCCUGAUUCUUCACGAUUUUGGCUCUCUUCUAAGUAUGAAAUCGGUAGAAGCCAGGACAGCUUUGACAAGCAAUAUGUUCGUGAUUAUUUAACCAGCAUUGGAUUUGAUAAAAAAACAAGUAUUACUUUACCCGAUUACAUAAUUCAUAAAACGCGUGAAAAAUAUAUUGAAGCAUAUAAAUUAUUAACUGGUAAUGAACCAGAUUUUUUAUAG